AUGUACAGCGAAAAUAACGAGAGGCAAGUUUACAUCGCACGAUCAUUAAACGAACGAUGGUUCCACAAGAAGGGAUUUGCUGACGAUGAGCAAACGGCUCUGCUGAACCAUUAUCAGGAGAACGCGAACUGCCAUUGUCAGGAGCGUCAAUUUCAGAGAGUUUGGGUUGCUACAGAUCUCAUUUUAUUGACUGAAGCUUGGUCACAGUUGAGCCCGAGCCAGCAGAAGCUGGCUGGGCGUCAACUCAAGACUUCACUGAGGGGACAUGUAAAAAUUCAGCCAAGUUUUGGUGUCGAUACUAUCAAUAUCAGUUCAUUUGUGUGUUUAGAUGCCGUAAAGAGAAGACAGCGUUACACAAUAGCAAAGAAACGCUACAGUGAACUACUCGAGAAGGCAAAAGUAUCAUUGAAAGCUGAUGAUAUUAGUCUUAUAAAAAUUCUCGAAAAACUGUCGGCUGUUUUAGCUGAAUAUCCGGAUCAAAAAGAUAAUCGUCUGAAAAAUGCUUGUUGGCAAUCAUUGAAAGACGCUCAACGAGGUUGGAAUUUCGCUGAUGGUUAUGUCCUUUUACAUAUCCCAAUCAUUUGGUAA